AUGGGUUGGAAGGAAGCUUCUGUACUUGCUGCUUCUGUAACAUUGAACUGUGGUGAAUACUUGGCUAGAAAACUUCGGUAUUGGGCCUGGCUACACUUUAAUGAUGACACUUUCUAUCCUAUCAACUUGUAUGGGAGAUGGAAGAGGUCCAUUAUUAGUGAUGAAGAUCUUGCAUCAGAAAUUCAUACUCAUUUACAAGGUCUUGGGAAGGUGUACUUAUCUGCUCAGGACGUCCAAGACUAUCUAAACCAACCAUCCCUACUGGCUAAGCUAGGCCGUUCUAAACCUAUUACCUUACAAACUGUAAGGAAAUGGAUGCAUGUUAUAGGGUACCACUAUGGCAAAGCUCCAAAUGGAAUGUAUGUGGAUGGGCACAAGUGUGAGGAUGUUGUUCAUUACAGGCAGAAUGUUUUCCUCCCACUCUGGGCUGAUUAUGAGAAGGAGAUGGAGGCUGGCUCUCUUAUUCUUGUCACCCAUGAUGAAUCAACCUUUUAUGCAAAUGAUCAGAGGAAAAUAAUGUGGGUCCAUGAUAGUACUUCUGCCAAACUGAGAGCAAAGGGUGAAGGCUUCUCUAUUAUGGUCUCAGACUUCUGUAGUCAGUUUGGAUGGCUAAAGUCAUCAGAUAGAUCACAGGAGGCACGAAUUUACUUUAGAGCUGGCAAGAACUGGGAUGGGUAUUUCACCCAUGAUGAUCUUUAUCAGCAGCUCUUACAGGCUAUCAAGUGCUUUGAGAGCUGUUUCCCUAGCAAAACAGCUCUCUUUGCAUUUGACAAUGCUACUUCUCAUCAAAAAAGAGCAAGUAAUGCAUUAUCUACACGUCAAAUGCCUAAAAAUCCAGGGUGGAAAGCUAGAGACACAUCUGGUGCCCCUCCCAUACGUUCUGGAGUCCUCCCUGAUGACACAUCUGGUGCCCCUCCCAUACGUUCUGGAGUCCUCCCUGAUGGUUCAUUACAAUCAUUUUAUUUCCCUGAUAACCACCCUCAUCAUUCUGGCCAAUUUAAAGGGAUGGCCCAAAUCCUUCAAGAACGAGGAAUUAAUGUUGAUGGAAAACACACACAAUGCAAAGGUUUCAAGUGUGCUGACAAAUCAGCACAAUCAGUAUGCUGCUGUCGACGAAUUCUGUUUAACCAGCCAGAUUUUCAAGCUCAAAAGUCUGCAAUUGAAGAAUUGGUAGAAGGCUAUGGACACAAGGCAGUUUUUUAUCCUAAAUUCCAUUGUGAAUUGAACUUCAUUGAACAGUGCUGGGGUUAUGCUAAAUUCAACUACCGGAUGAUGCCUGCCCCUACUACUGAAGCUCAAAUGGAAAAGCAUGUUCAAACAUGCCUUGAUUCUAUUCCUCUUGAUUUCUUUCAAAAGUAUUGUAACCGGUCUGCUCGGUUCAUGGAUGCAUAUAGAAAGGGGUUGACAGGAGCACAGGCUCAAUGGGCAAAUAAGAAAUACCAUGGCCAUAGAAUCCUUCCAGCUAGUAUUCUGGCUGAGCUGUAA